GAGCUGCGCUCCAAUUUUGUCAAAUGGGACAUUCAAAAAGAAAAUUCUCUUUAAUGAUUAGAACUUUGACUUCAAGGCUCGCUCUUGGGAACUUAAAAAAAAAAAUUUCACCGUGAGGAGAAAACCUUUCUAAAUGCUUCAUAUUUGCCCAGCCUUUCAAAAGUUUUCGUUUGUUUCUACUUGGGCAUUUUUAAAACAAUGCUCCUUUUAAAAUACAGCCGGAAAAGAAGAUGCAACAACUUUUUAAAAAUGCGGGUUGGGUGAAAGUUGACAGCAAAUUCAGUUCCCCUUCAAUAAUGUAUACGCCUUUGCGGGGGACAUUUAGAUGCAGUGACCUCAAGCACUGAAAGGAGAGUUGUAAACACUAGAAAUGGCUGUGGAAGAGCUUCAGUCCAUAAUAAAGAGAUGUCAAAUCCUAGAAGAAGAAGACUUUAAAGAAGAAGAUUUUGGUCUAUUUCAGUUAGCUGGCCAAAAGUGCAUAGAUGAGGGGCAUAUAGACCAGCUGUUGGAAAUUAUUCAAAAUGAAAAGAACAGGCUCAUCGUUUGGAAUAUGGGCUGGAACCUUGUUGGUCCUGUUGUUCGAUGCCUGUUAUGGAAUGAUAAGGAAGAAGAUAAAAAGAAACAUUAUUUUCUGAUGCUUGAUUUAUUGGUAAAGUUAUGUAACCCAAAGGAAUUAUUGUUGGGUUUGCUUGAACUGAUCGAAGAGCCCUCUGGAAAACAGAUAUCCCAAAUUAUUAUUCUUCUGCUUCCACCAUUACACACAGUGAUUCAGAAACUUCAUAACAACAAAGCCUACUCAGUUGGCUUAGCAUUGUCCACCCUCUGGAAUCAGCUCUCUCUCCUUCCGGUUCCAUACUCAAGAGAACAAAUGCAGGCAGACGAAUAUGGUCUCGGUCAGUGUUGCAAAGCCUUGAUAGAGUUCACUAAGCCGUUUGUGGAGGAAGUCACCGAUGCCAAAGAAAACUCCGUGGAAAAUGACAUGUUGAGAGAGGAGUUACUGAAAUUUUGUUUCAAAAGCUUGAAAUACCCUUUGCUGACAGCACAAUUCCAUGAACAGCCAGAAGAAGUUGGAAGUGAUCCUCUGAGGUGUUUUGCAUCUGAAAUAAUAGGUUUUUUAUCAGCAAUUGGAGACCCUUUCUUCAAAAUGAUUUUGAAUUAUGGAAAGAAAAAGAGGAUUUGGAGACCUCUCGAGUUUGAGGAAGAAGAAGACAAGCAGUUAGCAGACACCAUGGCUUCACUGGCAUACCUAGUCUUUGUUCAGGGCAUCAGUAUGGAUGAGCUCCCACUGGUCUUGAGUCCUUUAUACCUUUUGAAAUUUAAUAUGGGGCAUGUGGACGUCUUUUUGCAAAGAACAGAAGAGUCUGUGUAUUCCAAAGGAUUGGAUCUGUUGGAGAACGGUUUAUUAAGAAUAGAAGACAACCAUUUACCUCACCAGUACUUAGAAAUCAAGAGUUUUCUUACUGUGCCUCAGGGUUUAGUGAAAGUAAUGACGCUUUGCCCCAUUGAGAUAUUGAGGAGAAAGGGUUUAACUAUGCUGCAGCUGUAUAUUAACAAGCUGGCUUCACAAGGGAAAUACACAUUAUUUAGGUGCUUAUUGAAUACAAGUAAUCAUUCAGGAGUAGAAGCCUUCAUUAUUCAAAAUAUCAAAACUCAAAUCGAUGUGUCAUUAAAGAGGCCACAAACUGACAAGUGGUUUACAGGGCCACAGCUGGUUUCCCUCCUAGAUUUGGUACUUGUUCUCCCAGAGGGUGCGGAAACGGACCUACUGCAAAACUCAGAUAGAAGAGUGACCAACAACUGGAACAGUCCCGUGGGUGCACAGCCAGCAUUCAUCAGAGCACAUAAAAUGUGCAAGAUUAUGGCUUCAUUAAAUUUAUUGAGAUACUUGAUUAUCAAAGAUAAUGAAAAUGACAAUCAAACUGGAUUAUGGACAGAACUCGGAAAGAUUGAAAAUAAUUUCUUAAAGCCACUCCAUACAGGACUUAAUAUGUCAAAAGCACACUAUGAAGCAGAAAUUAAAAAUAGCCAAGAAAAUAGCAACGAAGUCCAGAAGUCUAAAGAUAUUUGUUCUGUCACUGUAUGUGGAGAGGAGAUCCCCAGUAUGCCUCCUGAAAUGCAGCUCAAGGUCCUACAUUCAGCACUCUUCACGUUUGAUUUGAUUGAAAGUGUGCUAGCUCGAGUAGAAGAACUCAUUGAAAUCAAAACAAAGUCUACCUCUGAAGAAAACACUGCAAUGAAGUAAAGGUUCUACCUCCUAAAUAAAAAUUAGUAAAACAUU